AUGUGGAUGAUAAUAUUUUUUCUGAUCGGAGCAUACAUCCCCCUGCAUUAUCUGAACUACAGCAUUCUACAAGGAACCUCUCCAUUCCUCUCCUGCUUUGGAAUAGUAAUGUGCAUUGCACUUUCAUCAAUAGGCACUGCAAAGGGAUACCAGUCAAUCGGCAGGUACAUGAUAGGCGCAUCUAUAAAAUCACCAAGAGUAGGAACACGAGCCCUUCUUGGAAUUGUUAUCUGUGAAGCAAACUUCUUUUUCUGCUUAGUCAUGUCUAAUCUUCUGCUCAUAAGGAUGAACGAGGUCAAGUCAUACGGAGGACAAUUCAUAUUGUUCACAUCUGGAUUCAUAGCUGGUGUAUGUUCGUAUUGCUCCUCACUUGCAAGCGGCAUUAUAUGUGCAAUAAUCACAAUGAUGGACUCGAAAGAUCCAUCACUGUUCUACAAGCUUGUUUUUCUGGAAAUAAUUCCAGCAGGGAUCGGCAUUCUAGGGUUAGUUCUUGGGCUUGUACUAUCCGAUAAGGCUGUGUAG